CUCAUAAAACAUUGGCUUUCGAUUGGUCACUUUAACCCCCUAGUGGGCGGGUGGUAUUGGAGUGGCAAUUGAGCUGGAGGCGUGGCUUCAGAGUCGGACAGGAAAAGAAAAAGGAAAAAAGAAGAUUCUGACAGCGAGAAAAUAAUACGACAUGGCUGCGAUUCGUAAGAAGCUGGUGAUCGUAGGGGACGGUGCUUGUGGAAAGACCUGCCUGCUGAUUGUGUUCAGUAAAGACCAGUUCCCAGAGGUGUACGUGCCCACUGUCUUUGAGAACUACGUGGCAGACAUUGAGGUGGACAGCAAGCAGGUGGAGCUGGCCCUGUGGGACACGGCUGGGCAAGAAGAUUACGAUCGCCUCAGACCGCUGUCCUACCCCGACACCGACGUCAUCCUCAUGUGCUUCUCCAUCGAUAGCCCCGACAGCUUAGAGAACAUCCCUGAGAAGUGGACCCCUGAGGUGAAGCACUUCUGCCCCAACGUGCCCAUCAUCCUGGUUGGGAACAAGAAGGACCUGCGCAAUGACGACCACACGAGGCGUGAGCUCGCCAAGAUGAAGCAGGAGCCGGUGAAGCCUGAGGAGGGCCGGGACAUGGCUAACAGGAUCAACGCGUACGGAUACCUAGAGUGCUCUGCCAAGACAAAGGAUGGGGUGAGGGAGGUGUUCGAGAUGGCCACACGCGCCGCACUGCAGGCCAAGAAGAGCCGGAGGAAGAACGGCUGCCUCUUACUAUAGAAGAAAAGAACAGCAGCCAGCAGAAAUGUACCAGCUUCAUUCUUCUGUCAUUCGCCUUCCCCACUCACCAGCUACCCUGAUUGAAAGAGCUGACGCAGAAAUGUACUCAAAGAGGUGCUGAACAUCAGGCCUUUAUAUCAUCUUCAGGGGCUCUUAUAAUGCAGCACCGCCCUCCCCCAGAUCCCCUCUCCCCUCUGGUUGAGUUUAGUGCUAGCUAACCCUUUUCAUACAGCAUACUUAAGUAGCUUCAUAUUUCAUUAAUUUUUUUUUUAACUUGUGUUCAGUGAUUUUGAGUAGUUCUGGAUUCUGUUAUAAUCGUUUUUACUCUCCGAACCUGCCUUUUACGUGGCUUUGAGUUUACCUUUAGCUUGUCUGCAAAAUCUGUGUGUCAGGACUGAACAGCCUUCCUCAUUCCAUUCAAAUCAUGUGUCCCCCCAUGUAACGCUGCCACUUCCUCUACAUCUAAGUAGACAGAGAGAGUAGCAGGGGCUAGUUGAAAGGUCACAAUGACACGUGAUUUGAAUGCACUGAGGAAGGCUGUUCAGUCAAAGCACUUAGGAUUCUCCAGACAAACUCGAAAGCCAGGCAGAGAAAAAACUCAAUCUUGUAGCAGCCCAGAAGCGCUCAGAAUGAUUGCAAACACCGUACUGUAAGAGCAAUGACAUAGGACAGUGUGUAGCCCUCACAACUUGUUUAAUUAUUAUUAUUAUUAUUGGAAAUAAAAUAUCAGGGUCAAAUUACAGGGAUGAAAGUAGCUGAUGUUUCUGUGUAAGCUGUGAUGAAAUAUUUCUGUUUGCCUCUAAACUGUCUUUCCUAUGUAUGCCCAAAUCCUCUAUACUUUCAUAAGUCUUUACUUUCAUCCCUGAAAUUAGAUACACAAUUGUGACACCAGCUCUGGUCUAUCAGGGUUGAAAAACAGUUAAAGGCACUAAACUGAACUGGGUAGGUGAUGGUGAUUAUAUAAUACUGUACUGUUUAUAGUCGGAAAUGGAAGUGUUGGUUGGUAGGACUUUAGUAAAUGUAUUUUUAUGGUUAGUCCAAAACAUUCACAAUGAAAUUAAGCAAGAGCCAAAAUUGUGCACCGGUUUUGAUUUCCUCCUCAAAACCAUGCACAAGUUUGUGAAGCCUUUAAUCAUCCUUACUAACUGGAUUUUAAAGCCACGGUUCUCAUUGUGUGUGUCUAACCAGACCUGCCCUGCUGGGUGAUGUACUGUCUGUUCCUGGCUUGUGCAGUUUAAGACAGCUACGUGAGCCUGCAGCAUUCACGCAGUGCAUAAAGACCACUUCAUAAACAUUCCCCACAACGCAUGCUGCAGUGAUGAAGGCUUUUAAAACAGAAAGAAGAAGAAUCUGGGGGAUUAGGGCGAUAAUAUUCUUUUACUGUGCUUCUUGGGAAUAGUUACCUAAUUUAUAUAAAAGGCUCUUCAUUGGAAACUGGUCACAUUUUCAUGCCGGUGUGUUAUUGGAAAUGUGGGUCAACUCUGCACUCCCAGUGCCCACACUUCCCUGGCACACGCCCCUACAUUGACAUCUGCCUCACUUUGUGUUUUUCUACUCUUACUCUAUAUAUUUAACCCUGCGUGGAAUUCUAAUGGCUUGUACUGUAUCAGUAAUACCCUCUUGCACUCUAGAAAUCCUACCUAAAAAAAAAAAACCUUACAUUAUAUAUAUAAAAAUAAUUUAGCAAGAUAACUUUAAAAUCUACUGCACAUUACUUCCCCAUUUGUAUAAAUGCAUCUUAGAAUUUCUUCAGUUACUGCUUUUUAAAAGUACUUUAAAUAAAAUAAACGUUUUUUAGGGUAUAAUACAGCUCAAGAGUAUCUGUUAACAAAAAGUGUGUUUUUCUUCCUGUUCUAAAUUGGUUAACAUGGUCUAGUGCAGGGGUGUCCAAUCAAUCACAGUCCUGGAGGGCCAUUCCACUCCAGGUUUAACAGGUCAAAUGAGAUAAUCAGCUAUGUGAGGGUCUGGAUGGAGGUUUAAUUGGUUCAAUUGAACAAUUUAGAACAGGGUUGGAACAAAGACCAGGACCCCUUUUAAAGAAUUUGAAACAAUACCAUAGAAUGCAUUCUUUGUUUAAAAUGUAAUUUAUGCAGUGGGUUUUAUUUGCAUGAUAUUUUGAUAGUAAUUUUUAAAUUGUGUUAUAUGAAUAUAUUUCAAGCCGUAUUGUUUGAAAUAUCCAAAUGUUUUUCUCUGCACUAUUUUAAGCUGAAGCAUUUUGGUUGAAAAUCUUUUUUAUUUUAUUUUAUAUAAAUAAGUUUCAUAAGAAGAGACACUACGGAGCAGCUGUAAUUCCACAAAUGAGGAUGGCCAAAUAAGCCCCUGACAAGGGUUACCAUAUGACUUACUGUACACUAGACCAGUGUGAGGCUUUUCAACUCACACCCCAAUGCAUUCUGGUAAGUGUAGUCCUGCUGUGAAAGGUUGCUGAGCCAGGUAAAACGUACCAGAAUGCAUUGGGUGAGUUGUACAUGGAGUCAUGGUAACCCAAACUAAAGCUUCAAGUGGGUUGGUUACGGCUUUCCUCAUGAUUGAAGUAACCACAGCACGCUAUGUUCAUAGUGUUGUGAUUACAUAACAAGUACAAUGUAUGGGCGUGGGGUUAAACCUCAAUUAUACAACAACCGGACAGCGCUCUCCUGUUCAGCGGUUCUGUCGUUACUCGGUAUGGAAAGCAUAGCUGGGAGGUGAUUAGUGACGCCUGUUCUGAAUCCACUGCUUAUUGAUUAGACGCUUCACAUGGACCAUCGAGCCCUGCUCUAAAAAAAACAUCUUUCAGUGGGCUACUUCAGACAGACAGGUGAAUGCUUGUAAAGGGCUCUUCACACUACAGCGUUUAUUCCCUGUUUUUUUUACGCCCGAUGAUUCACUGGUAUUUUUUUUUUUUAUUCAGACUUGCGUGCCAAAAAUCAUAGGCAAGCUGGGGGAACAUCGGAUGGUAGCAGUGCAGAAUAUCCUGUUCUUUAUGAUAAGGAGCACAAGAAAUAUCUCGAUAAACAAUACAAGCUGCAACAACAAUACAGCUCCCAGUUACUCUCUCAUGCUCGCUUUUUAUUGGCACCCCGGGCUCAUGUGAUAUGAUAACCUUGAAUUUCAUAACUACGUAAUAAAUAAAAAAGAAUUUGUAGGAUAUACUAUACACAUGCUUGUUUAUAGGGUGGAUCCAGAUUCUUCUCUUUCAUUCUCUUCGGAGCAAUAACCAUGCAGCAGCGUGCACCCGAUCCAUAAACCAUGCAGCAGCGUGCACCCGAUCCAUAAACCAUGCAGCAGCGUGCACCCGAUCCAUAAACCAUGCAGCAGCGUGCACCCGAUCCAGAAACCAUGCAGCAGCGUGCACCCGAUCCAUAAACCAUGCAGCAGCAUGCACCCGAUCCAGAAACCAUGCAGCAGCGUGCACCAGAUCCAGAAACCAUGCAGCAGCGUGCACCCGAUCCAGAAACCAUGCAGCAGCGUGCACCCGAUCCAUAAACCAUGCAGCAGCGUGCACCCGAUCCAGAAACCAUGCAGCAGCGUGCACCCGAUCCAGAAACCAUGCAGCAGCGUGCACCCGAUCCAGAAACCAUGCAGCAGCAUGCACCUGAUCCAUAUUGCCAUGAGAUUAUAUCCAAAUUUAGCAGGAUGGUGGUGAGCGUGCCAUUAUUCAUCCAAAAAUAAACUUGUAUAUUUCAAUGUGAACCAUUGCAUCUUGUUAUAUGGGCAGUUUAAUUUGGAUCAAAGGUCUGUAAAAUGCUGUAUUAAACCUCACUAUUCUGCCAAAAAUCGUGUAUUUUUCACAAAAAAAAUAUAUAUCUUUGCCUGCCCAUUUGAUCACACAGACAUAA